AAUAUAAAAUCUCUUCUUGCAUUUAGAAUGGCAUUUGAUUCGAUAUUUGGUACUGUCGAAAUACUCACUCUCUGGUUUAUGCCGUUAUAGUGUAUCGCUUUUAAGAUGACUUUGAAGCAGCAACAGCGCCUUUAGCUUAUCCUUCAUCUGUCAUACAAGUUGCAGGUCAAGUUCAUCAAUUUGGCAGAGAAAAAUGAAGAAAUGGAGAUGAUCAAUUUUCCUUCGGCAAUUUUUUAGACAUAUGGUCGAAAGUAACGUUACGUUCCUUGGUACCUAUAAUCACGAUCAAACUGGUAAUGAUAAAUCAUAUAAACCUGCCUAUUAUAUAUAUACAUAGUGUUUCAGACAUUGAAGUUUUGAAUGACCUCAAGGCUAAAUUAACGGAUUACGAUUGGAUCAUUUAUUUUAUGAACGGCAUUUGCGUGUACGUAUUUACGAUUUCGGAAAUUUUAUUUGGAUGUAAAGUACAUUCUUUUUUUUUAAGAAAAGGGGGUAAUAACAUUUAGUAAUACUUUCACAAGAUGCUUUAUUGCUAUAAGGAUAAAAUCGUUAUUUUAAUAUAGAACGACAUAUUUAUUCACGCGUCAUAUCGGAAUUUUAAUGUUACACGUAUCACUUUACUUCCACGAAACUUUAUUAAGAACUAUUUCCGCUAAAAUUCAUCAAUCAUACAGAUAAGCCGCGAACUUUAAUGGAUGCUAUUCAGGCAAUGGAGCGUGUAAUUGCCGGCAUAAAAAGAUGUCGUGGCUAUAAAAGAAAAAUCGGUGUCAUAAUUUGAUGUUUUGCGGUACAUAGAGUAUACCUUAUACGAACUAGUAUGCGAUUGCAGCUGCAGGCCGUUAUCGCCGCGUGCGCGUAAACGACGUAAUUUUAGAAUCAAGGAAACCGUGCUAAUGAUAUCCGACGAUAUGUCAUUUCUAUCUUAGACACUCCCUACUAAUUCGGUACUAUACAUCGAUUUAUAUUCUCUUUCUCUAGGCAGAUAAGAUUCCAGGAAUGCACGUGUGCAACUAUUGCAAUUUUUGUCACAAUUUCUGUGUCACGAAAUCAUUUCCGUGAGAUACUAUUCUACAUUACUAAGUUAUCGCAAAUUAAAUGUCAUUCCGUAUUCAAUUAUCAAUAAAAUUAUCAAUGAACGCGUGAAUUCUUUACUUUUCUGAUAGAUAAUAUAAUUUUGUUAAUUUUAUUGAGAUUCUAAAUAGUACAGAUUGGCUUGAAUAAAUUUAAAGUCAAAAAUAAAAUAAUUAACAUUUAAUAUGUUUGCAUAUAGCUGAGAGAAAAAAUGCAUUACACACACACACACACACACACACACAGAUUUUAUUCGUAUAUCUCAAAAACCAAUCGAUACAUAUCAGUCAAUUAUACUCGAUAAACGAGUUGUCGGAUUGCGAUAACGUGCUUGCAGAAAAUUUCGCGAGCAAUUUCGCGAGAUAGCGACUUGCUCUUUCAACAGCAAUGUUCUUUUUUAUUAUGCCGUACUGUCAAUUAUAAACACGAAGCGCUAACGAUUAUCUUAACUCACUGACGGCUGACAUUAGCACGCAAAUUCACAUACGAAGCGGUCAGGUUCUCGCGCGUAUACAUUGCUUUUGAUACACCCCAUUCUAUCACUUCUAACAUUCACUUUUCUACAGGUGCUAAUGUGUACACGUUAUUUCAAAUGCUAUAUGGAAGCACAUACUUUCCUUAUGAAAAGAUACAAGAUUGAAUCUUUUGCGGAAGAAUUAUGUAUGCAUUGUUUUAAUCGCCCUCCUCUUUUUCCUCAUCAUGAGAAUAUAACAUAACAUAUAAUAUUAUAAAAAUAUAAUACAAUUGAAAUUUUUUAUCUGAAAUAGAGAUAAGACAGGCAUAAAACUUGUAUUUGGCGUUAAAAAAUAAUUUCUCUUUUCUUAUUCUCUCAUCUACAUUUUGAGGAACGUUUACAUUCUCACAGAUUGUUUUUGAUGGAUUUUUGAUAAAUGAUCAAAGUAUCGAAGUAAAGUUUAUUUGUCUACAUGUCCGGAUAAGCAAUCUGUGAUUCAUUGGCAUCUUCAAUUUUCUUCGAUUAUAUGUCUUCGUCGAAGGAAGUAUAUCGGCACUUCACAUCUCCAUCUUGUGCAUUUGUUUACUCAUUUACUUGUAACUGUACUAUUUAUUUUAUUUUUGUAGGUGGUUUGUUGGAAAACGUGAUGUGUAUGAUGAAUUAAUAAAGUAAUGCCAUAUAUUUCAGAAAACCGAGAAACACACGUGAUUCUCGGCUCACUGUUAUCGCUAGCACGCUUUGACAUAAUCGGAUAUUAUCGUGAACGUGCAACGUCGCUAACAAAGUACCGGUAUUAGAUACAUACAUACAAGACGAGUACACGCAGGUGACUCGUUCGUAGGAGGGAUAUACAGCAACGAGAUACGAGAAGGAGGAGUUCCCUGCGAGUGCUCUCUCCGUCUCUCUGGAGAAACCACUCUCGCGAUGGCAGAGGUGGUCUCUACUCACCUGAGCGUUUCAAGUGGCAGUCGCCCUGCUGAGUCGCUCAGCGACGGGUUCUCCUCGGUGCGAGCACUACGAACGCGAUUUCUCAGGAAGAGAGAGAAAGAUCACAGACGAAAACUCUGGGAACUCGAAGAUCGACGACGACGUCGAGCAAAUCCGCGCUCCGGGAAAAAAAACGCGGAUCUUCCUAUUGAUGAUCUAAACUUCGCGAAUCGAUGAGGCUGACUCUGCCUCUGCCAAUGCAACCAGGAAGAUAAAACACUUCGAUCGCGUUUAAUUGUUGAAAGACAGGAACCGCUCUGUAGGACUAUUUUGUUAGAAUAAAAAUUGGUUGUAACCAUUACAAAAGAGUUGGACUUCCAUGAUCGACGAUCGAUUAUCAAAUUCGAUCAGUUUAAUUAGAGGAAUGUUUCUGAUGGGGGAACGGUUGAUUAAUUUGAUGCAGCUGUUAAUUUUAUUUAUUGAAACGGAACGACAUUUUCGGUGAGACGAUUAUUCUGUAAUAAUUAUUUCUGUAAAUUAUGUCGAUAAUUAUUUCAUUGAGUUGAUGGACCAAGAGGGUUUUUUUGUCCCUUCUGAUUAUUCUGUUAUUCGAAGAUAUUAAAGUCGCCUAGUCGAAGAGUUUGGAACAUUCCAUAAUGGACAAAUGUAAUGUAUCGCAGAUUACAGCGUAAUCAAAGAAUCAAGCGGCGAUCCUCGUGUACAUGUGAUCGUAUUCAUCACGAUUGUGAUCACACGUUACGACGCUUGCCGAUCGAGAAGAUCGAUUGUGAAUUGGAAAGACUGGCGAGUGAAGAAAGUGAACAUCUUCGGUGAUUUCAAGAUUUCGAUGGUUUCAACAAUAAUCGGGAAGCUAUUAUUUGAAAGAAAAAGUGAUUAUUGAUGUUUAAUAAAUGAAUCAUGAAUACGUUUAAUGCGAGAUCGACAAAUCGAUGUAUGUAAAUGUCCUCAAGCGAUAUGUAAAUUUGCCGCGAAAUCGACUGGUUUGACAACAUUCUGGACUUAUCAAGGUAGCGUAUAAUAUCGAGCGAAGCUGAAAAAGGUGCUCAUUAAAGAAACGAUUGCGAGAAAAAGAAACGGUUGAGAUUUAUGAGACUGCAUGCAAAAUGAUGAGAAGGAAGAAAAUGCUCAUUAAUUAGCAACCAGUCUCAUUGCAAAAGGAUCAACGAAAUCCAUGUAUGUGUUAAUUAUAAACUUGUGGCUAUAAUAUGCGAACAAUGUUAUUUACGAUCAAGACGAUGUUGCAAAUAUCUUAUUUAACAAAAAUUUGUUCAUUUUACAUGCUGGAUUUUAUGAUUUUCUGACGAAAAAAUAAAUAAGUAUUAAAAUAUAUAAUUACAUACAUAAAAGCUUUCACAAGUUAAACUAGAAAAUACCUUUUGAGUUUUCUUCUGAUGUAUAUGACAAAAUGGGAUAUUAGUUAAUAUGAAAGAAAAGAAGCGAAUUAUCAAAGUGUUGAAAAUCUACAGAAUUUGAAUAUCUAUAAAUAUCUACGAAAUUUGACUCCCAAAUGAGCCGUUUGAUUCCACCAAUUAGAUAGGAGAUAUAGUACCACCCACCAUAGGAGUAAGAGAAUUAAUUAACAUACGAUGUCGAGUGGAAUGUUUUACAGGGAUUAAUUCGGUUGGACUAACUCUGGCUAAUUGUAACGAUGAGAAUGUGAAUUAAGUAUCGAUCGAAAAAAAUACGGUCGGUCAUAAAUCUUGUGACGAUAGUGCGAUAGCGGAUGCCGACAACAUUAUCAUUAUAUAAUUGUAUCAAUAAUCACGUGGUCAUAAUUUAACGUUCCACGACAGAGCUGCCAAGUGUCACUUAUAAAGGUGACCGAUCGAUCAUAUGCUGAAGAAGCAGGUUUAAGCACGAAUCGUAAGCACGUAUCGUUCAACACGAGUCAGGCUUUUUCGCAAAGAGUACUUAUUAACAUCGCAAUCAAAUGGCACCGCGUUACGAAGAAUUCAAGCGAAGAGUGAUAAUGACACAGAGUAGCGAUCAGACUUAAAUCGAUCUUGCUCGACUUUACCUGUUUAAAUACAAAGUGUACGAGGGAGUACAUAUCGUACGAUCCCAAGAAUUCCGCGGACAGUGUGCACGAACUAUGAACUUCUGGGACAUGAAAGUUGAUAAUGUGAAUUAAACAAGGACAAUUCGUCAAGAAUAAUCGUUAGAAGUUUUGCAAGUCUUCACCGGAACAUUGUUUCACGUUCCAAGUGCCGAACUCGCAUACAGAUGAGUGAAUCAGCCGAAACUUCUUAUGAAGAAACACGAAUCUUCGUGAACGUCUCCAGUGAGCGUUGAUCAUAUCAAGUGGAGCAUGAUGGGAGAGGUGAUCCGUGUUUCUGGUAGGACGCCAGACGUUGGUGAUUUCCUAAAGGAGGCCAUGCUGUCACAGAGAUUCGCUGAUGUGGCUUUGUGCUGUCCAGGAGGCCAAAGAUUCCUUGCGCAUCGCCUGGUCCUGUCAGCAGCAAGUCCUUAUCUUCAGGAAAUGUUGCUGGCACAUAGUAAGGCUACCGCUCAUUGCGAGCCAAUCACGAUGAUCCUGGCAGAAAUGGAGGCACCGGAACUUGCUGCGCUUCUAGGCUUUGUUUACACUGGAAGUGCCACGGUGCCGCGCGUGCGACUGGACGCCUUCCUGCGUGCUGCCGAGGCUCUCCGUAUCCGGCUUCCGCCGGUACCAGUCGUGAUGACUAAUUGUAGCGAGCAAGCAACAGACUGCAAAUCGGAGGACGUGAAGGACAUUAAAGUCAGCUCCAAAUACUUGCAAUGCGAUCAAUAUCCCUGGUAUCAAUCAGGAAGAAAAGCUUAUGAAGAUCUGCUCGACAGGAAGGAACCCUGUAACAGAAUACUGUCGACAGACGACAACAGAGUUCUCAGGAACGCUAGAGUAUCUCAUGAAGUCAGCAAUUCUGGUAGAAUCUCGUUUGACGCUGGCUGUCCAGAUACGUGGCCGGUUAACCAUUAUCUGCAUCAGAAUAGAGCAAUAGAUGAUCUUUCCGCAGAAAAGAAUCACGACUCGAUGACUUUCGCUGAUAGGAACUCCGCGAUAGUUCCUGAUAGCGAGUCAUCCUUCAACGUAUAUCAGCAAAGUACAUGCUCCUCCGUAGGACCACAUCUGGAAGAAUAUGGCGGUUCAGAUCCUCUGGAAAGGAUCAGGAUGGGAUACGAGAGACUGCAAGCGAACAACACGGCCGAGAGGCCGGUAGACGGGGACGUCUUUGUGGGAGGAUCAGCGAACGAGUUUCGUGGAAGAGCACGAGAUGAGUGUCCGUAUCAGAACAGGAUACCUGCGUCGUCGUCCUUGCAAUGUGCCGCCGUCGAUCGGACGAGGUCGUUCGAUUACGCCUCGCAGCCGGUGACGGGCGAGGAUCUCAGCUGCGGCGAAAGUUGUUGUAGGUGGAGAACUGCCCGCAGGCACGUGGCUAAUCGAGUCACCGCGUCACCGUGGCGCCAGAUCGUCAGGCCCCAUCAUUCACCGAGGACGCCACGGCCCGUCAUCAUGGCCCCACGUCAUGCUGAUGACGACAUUCAAAAGAACUCUUUGACUUCGGAGCCGACUCGAUCCACGGUAAUCUCGAUAAGCCCAAAGGUUCAUUCCCCGAGGAGCGCGUCAAGAAGCGAUGGACUUUACGCGUUUGAAGUUUCCAGUUGUGAGACGAGCUUCAACAGCGAUUCGCGAUCGCGUGAGAUGAUCGGCAGUCCAGAUGUAAAAACGCAAGAGAUCUAUCGAUCUCCAGCUCCGUUCGCAUCCUCUAAUCAGAUCUCGCCGCUAACGGGCACGUUGCAACGGGGCAACGAACCGCCCUUUCAGAAUACCAGCAACGCGUUGGCGCGAUUAUUGCCCACUAGCAACGACAGCAUUAUCACAAGCGCCAGCAGAAAUAGCGAAUACGCGACGCCGCUGACACCGCAGAUACCGACAAAGCCUGAAUUAUCCCAUCCCAUUAGUCGACUCUGCGACACGAUUGAAUCUGACGAAAGGAGAGAGACUUCGGUAGUGGACGUAGAAUGUUCUAUAAUGAAUGUAGAAAAGAAGAACGGGGAAGAGAAAAUUACGAGGAUCUUUGUUAACAGUGAUAACAACAAUAAUAACGAAACGAUUAUUAGCACAGAAGUAACUCAGCGCGGACGACCGACCGACAAUCACAGGUGCGAUCAGUGCGGAAAGACCUUUGUCACGAGAGCAUCGCUCAAGGUGCACAGCCGUACGCACUCCGGCGAGAAACCGUUCCGCUGCUCUGACUGUGGCAAGCAGUUCUCGCAGCUACGCAACUAUAAGUAUCAUCGCAGCGUGCACGAGGGCACGCGGGAGUUCGCCGCCACGUGUCCAGAGUGCGGAAAGUACUUCAACGACCGUGGCUACCUGAGCUCACACAUGAAGAUUCAUCGGAACCGCAAGGAGUAUGGGUGCGCAGAGUGCGGCAAGAGCUUCAACCAGCGAGUGGCCUACAAUAUGCAUGUGCGCAUACAUACGGGCGUAAAACCGCACCAGUGUGAGCAAUGUGGCAAAGCGUUCUCACGAAAGAUGCUGCUGAAGCAGCAUCUGAGAACUCAUUCUGGCGAGCGGCCGUACCAGUGCCAGGUGUGCCAGAAGGCUUUCGCUGAUCGCUCUAACAUGACCUUGCACACUAGGCUGCACUCGGGCCUGAAGCCCUACCAGUGCACGUUAUGCUCGAAAGCCUUCACCAAGAAGCAUCAUCUGAAGACUCACCUCAAUUAUCAUACCGGCACCAAACCGUAUUCUUGUCCCAAUUGUGGUCUCAGGUUUUCGCAGAGCAGUAAUAUGAGGACCCAUUUUAAAAAGUGCAGUAUCAACAACCCUGCCGGAGUAGCCAAAUCCAAUGACGAAGCUGGCGUUGAUCGCGUUGACACCGAAGGUAGCAUGGCAGUGCAAGUAGACAGGAGCCCGGCGGACACUUUAACGCCGCCUAACUCUGAUCAGGAGUCUAGCAUCCUGACACCGAUCUCCAAAAACGUUGUUGCGAUUGACGGCAGCACGUAACGGUUUUUCUUACCUGUAAAACAAUUUUAUAUUUUGAAAGUAAAAUUAUUGAAGAAUAAAAAAAAUACAGUUUUAUGAUUGUAUCAUUAUAAUAGUAAAUGUGAUGAUAAUAAUAGAAAAUGUUGAUAAAAUACAACAGGUUUUGACAAGUAUUUAUCAAAGUAUCAGUAAGUUGACUGAAAGUGGACUGCGAAUUUUUGUGCUUUAUGUUUGCAGAAUUGCUACAAAUCCAUAAACAGUUUCUAGGAUAUCCUUUCUCUAUAACAAAAUUAUUUAUUUACAUCUGCAUUGAAAUAGCAAUAAAACAAACUAAAGUUGAUACUAAAUAUGCAGUUUAUUUUCAGACAAUCUAGUAAAUUGAAAUAAGAUUGAAGAAAGAUUGUGUAUCUUGUGAUGCAAUAGUUAAUGCAUUGUGCCUUCCAGUUCCUGUAUUUAUUGAACUAAUCUCAAUGUACAUAUAGAAUUAUGUAUUCUAAUAUAACAUUUAACAAUUUGAAGAAAAAGAGAUUUGAUGUUAAAGUGAUAAUAUCAAAUUAAAUAAUGUCAAAUUAAACUUUCCACACGGAAGGCUUGUUCCUUGAUUUGAUAAAAAUAAUUACUUUUAUUUUACAGAUGAUUUUUAUUUUUAAAGGUUGACAUUUACAUGUACAUUAUUUGAUAUGUCUAAUUUAAGUAGAUAUUUAUAAAAUAUUUAAUUGAGGUAGUAUUUACUAAUAUUUUAUGAUUUUGGGGGGAUUCUGA